GUUCCUCUCCGGGCCUGCAGGGGGCGACAGAGCGCGCCGCCGCUGCAUCGUGAGCGCGACAAGAGACCUGAACGCGCGAGCGAGCUGCACCACUAAAACAAACAUGGCGGCGCCCGUCAGAGCGUCUCGUCUGUUUCGACUGGCCGGGCGAACUGUCUCCUCCCUGCCGGUCACAUGCGGGCAGGCGGUCGGUCCGCCGGGGAGGAGGUGCUACGUCUCCGCCUCGACGGGAAACUAUCUUCAGUUCCGGCUCGACGAGCGGACGGCCCACAGCAGCCUGGACCUCUACAAGAAAAACACGGGCGUCAUCUACCGCAUGCUGGGCCUGCACCCCAGCCACGUUCAAGACAACCCGGAGCGCUUCCGGGACUGGGCCGUCGUGUUCGCCGAUGAGGAGAUCAGCAGCGGGCGUCACUACUGGGAGGUGACGGUCAAAAAGUCCGAAGAGUUUCGCCUGGGCGUGGCCGAGGUGCUGAUGUCCAGGGACGACUGCGUGGGCUCCAGCGGCGCCUCCUGGGUAUUCGGCUACGCCAAGCGCAAGUGGUUCGCCAUGACCGGCAACAAGAUGGUUCCCGUGGCGCUGGUGGGCAAGCCGGAGCGCGUGGGCAUCCUGCUCGACUACGACGCGGGCCUCCUGGAGCUGAUGGACAUCGAAAAGCACACAAUCAUUCAGACCAUCAGGGCCAAGUUCAAGACUCCCCUCUGCCCCGCAUUUGGGCUCUGGGACGGGGAGCUGCUCACGCACUCGGGUCUGCAGGAGCCCGCAGGCCUGAAGUGAAGCGGGAGGAACUGCGAUGGGGACGAUUGUGAUUCUCGUGGGACUGAAAGGGAGCGAUGUCACGUGGGAGUCAUUUGCAGCCAGAUACAGUAGAGGUUCAUUUUGACCCGGUUCAGUUGGUUCAUAAUUAUGACUCUUAACAAUGCAAGUUCAUACUUUGUGUGUGUCCUCCAAGUUCAUGCGAUCACUUCACAGAAGCUUUGUGUGAUCGUGUCCAUUACCUCAGGCUGACUGACAUGAACAGCUAGUAUUGUUAAAGGAUGUUUUACGCUGCGUUCUGGUAUCAGUUGUCAAGCUGUUUCAGUCUCAUGAACUCUGUAUAUCGUUUGAUAAAAUAACUCAAAACUCAAA